AUGCGGGAGUCCUGCUUGCAGCCGCAGAAGGCGACAAGUCCAGCCCUGCCACUCAGACCUCUCCGGUCCCUGUCUGUUCCUGCCUUAGGAGACCCGCCUGACGUCCCCGUGGAAGACCCGCCUGAUGUCCCCGUGGAAGACCCGCCUGAUGUCCCUGUGGAAGACCCGCCUGACGUCCCCGUGGAAGACGCGCCUGACGUCCCCAUGGAAGACCCGCCUGACGUCCCCGUGGAAGACCCGCCUGAAGUCCCCGUGGAAGACCCGCCUGACGUCCCCGUGGAGGACCCUCCUCACCGAGGUGUUCAGUAUCCUGUCGUAGAGGGUUUCGGGCAUGAGGAUGCUGGCAUUGUCUCUCAGCCUAAAUAUCCUGCAAGUCUUCCAGUUCUGGAGUUUCCAAAGUCUUUGGUAGGUCUGGUGAGAAGGAAAAGGGAUUGGAUCAUUCCUCCCAUUAACUUCCCAGAGAACGACAGAGGCCCCUUCCCCAAGAGUAUGGUGCAGAUCAGGUCCAGCAAUGAUAAAGAGGUGAAGAUCCAGUACAGCAUCACUGGUCCUGGAGCAGAUCAACCCCCUGUGGGACUGUUCACUGUGGACAAAAACUCUGGGGUUCUCUAUGUGACCAAGCCUUUGGACAGAGAGAGACAAGACCAAUAUAUACUUGUGGCUCAUGCUGAUACAGUUGGUUCGGGUACAGCAGAAGAACCCAUGGAGAUUAUUGUUAAAGUAAUUGAUAUGAAUGACAACAAGCCGGUAUUCACCCAAGAUCCUUUUACAGGGAUUGUCCCUGAAGCAUACCUACCAGGCUUUGAGGUCAUGGAGGUAACAGCCACCGAUGCAGAUGAGCGUGGCUCAGCCAAUUCUGAUGUCAGAUACACUAUUAUAAGUCAAGAACCUGAACUGCCGAGUCCCAACAUGUUUGUCAUCAACCCUGUCACAGGCUGGAUUGGGGUCAAUGCUGCUGGACUGGACAGAGAGAAAAUUCCAAAAUAUACCUUGGAAAUUCAAGCUGCUGAUAUGGAGGGAAAUGGUCUGACAUCUUUCGGAAAAUCCAUAAUUACGGUAACGGACGUCAAUGACAUAGCUCCUCAAUUUGUGAUGUCUUCGAACACGGUGUCUGUCCCAGAGAAUAAAGUGAAUGCUCUGGUGGUCAAAAUGCCAGUGAUUGAUGGAGAUGAGCCACACUCUUCCAGCUGGGCCACAGUGUACAGGAUUGUAGAUGGAGACCCAGGUGGAUUGUUCACUGUUAACACCGAGCCUAACAGACUGGAAGGAAUCAUUACUACAGCCAAGCCCCUUGACUUUGAGAAGAACAAUCGCUAUACCCUGUUGGUGACUGUGGAGAAUGAGGUCCCAUUUGCCAUCCGCCUGCCCACCUCCACUGCCACAGUCCAGGUGAAUGUGGAGGAUCUGAAUGAUGCCCCUGUCUUUGACCCAGUGGAAAAGGUUGUUUCCAUAUCUGAACACCUGCCAGUGGACAGUGACUUGGUUCUGUAUACAGCUAUUGAUCCAGACAUCAUGGCACAUAAACUCAUGUAUCGCAUGUACAGAGAUCCUGCUAAAUGGCUGGACAUCAACAGCGAGACUGGAAUGAUCAAAACCAAACACCCUCUGGACAGAGAAUCUCCCUUUGUCAAAGAUGGCAAAUACAGAGUUCUCAUUCUCGCAAUCGAAAGUGAUGAAAUCCCUGCAACUGCAACUGGAACCAUUCUGAUAGAACUGGAAGAUGUAAACGACAAUGCUCCGACUAUUGAUGACACCCCGUUGAAGCUCUGCAACCAAGACCCCCGUCUAGUGCGUUUGGCGGUGACAGACAGAGAUGGCCCAGACUUUGCUGAACCCUUCAGUGUAGAACUUCUGAAAGGGUCCAAGAUGUAUUGCACUGCCCAAAUGGACAAAACAGGAACUGUGGUUGAAUUGACAUUCAAGGCCAUGAGGGAGCAGAGAAACUUCUACAUUGAUCUGACGGUCACUGAUGCUGGCGGGCUGAACCAAGACCAUGUCAUUCACGUCACCAUGAAUGAGGACAGGUGCAUGACCUGGGGGGAUUUCUGUGUUAGACCCUGACAUAGAUGAACAUUUUGACAUUUUCGUAGCGUUUUUAUAGCUAGCAGAGCUAGAUUGCUUGUUUUGCAAAGGUUGUCACUUUAUUUGACAUCAGGGGUAAGUCACAAAGUCAGAAAUGAGUCAAAACAUUCACAGCUGAAUUUGCCAAUCCUUUUUCCAUCAAAGUAUUGACAAAGGGUCGCAAUUACUUAUGUCAAGAUGUGAUUUUUUGUUUAAUUAAUUCAAAAUGUUUUAAAGUUUGGAGUGAGUUAUGUACAUCAUUUAAAAAAGCAUAAUUUUAUGCAUUUUUACAUAUAAAGGCAAAUGUGGGUUUGAAUAUAUUUCCUAGGGCACUGUUGAUAUAUUUUACCAUUGUUGUGAAGGUUGCUUGGUUUUUAUUUCC